AUGGCACCCGAACAAGAGCAAAAAGGGUACCGAUGGGACAUCAUCACAGAGGAAGAACUCAAAUACGCUCCGCCAUACCUCCAAGACGUCCCAGAAACGCCGACGGAGGUUGAGUGUAAGCUCAGCGGCGCAUGGCCCAAAUGGCUGCAUGGCUCUUUCCUUCGGGUCGGCGUAGGCCGUUUCACAGUCCCCACCUCGGAAGACGACUCCACACCCCGAGUCAUCAUCCAGCACCUCUUCGACGGCCUCGCCCUCCUCCACAAAUUCCGCAUGAUCGACGGUCGAGUGUAUUACAUGAGCCGCUACACCUCCAAUGGUAUAACCCGCGCUGCGAAGCGAGACGGCUUUGUCAAGAAUUCUUGGAUGGGACCGAAUCCCAAUACGCCUCUUUUCGAAGCCCAGGAUCCUUGUUCGAAAUUGCUGGGUGCGCGUAUCCUCGUCCACACCGACUGGAACUGCAUGCAAAUCUGCGAUGCAAAGACUCUCGAGCCGAAACGCUUACUCACACAUGCGACCAUCGAUCCCGAGCUUGCUGGAGCAGGGUGCUGCGCUCACCCCGUCCAUGAUCGCAAGCGAGGACAGACGUACAAUUACUUGAUCGAUGCGGCGGGGAUCAUGUAUGUUUUUGCGCUGGAUGUAGCGGCGAACCCGGCGUGUCUGUUGUGGAAGUCUGCGCUGCCGUGUAAGCCGUGCUAUACGCAUGCGCUUGCUAUGACGGACAAGUAUGUUGUUUUUGUCAGGAAUCCCGUCUCGAUGGAUACCAGCGAUCCGACCAAGACCAUCAUCGAAGCGAUGAAAUGCGAGCACGACUCCCCGGUCUACUUCUACGUCUUGGAUAAAGUGGAUGGCAAGCUCGUUGCAUCUUACCAAGUACCGAACUUCUGUUUCUUUCACACUGCCAACGCGUACGACUACAUCGACCCCAAAACCGGGCACACGAACGUCCAUGUUGACAUCGCCAGCUACAAGGCCGAACACUAUCCGUACAACGAGUACGCAAUUUCUAACAUCAUUAACCCACUCAAACCCUACCAAGUUGGUCGCCUAAUCCGCUACGAACUCCCUGCCGUCAACACGCGCGAUCCCGCCAUCAUCACCCGCGGCACCGUCAAAGCCGCUAUCCCAGACAUGAUGGCCGAACUGCCUCGCAUCUCCAAAGCCGCAUCCAUGGACCCAAAAUACCGCUUCGUCUACGGCGUAUCCGGAAACGGUGUCGCCGCCCCAGGCACCCACGUCCCCAUCGGGCGUCUCGGCAACGGCGUCGACAUGCCACAUGCAUCCUUCUACGGCCACCUCUUCAAGUCUGAUUGGCGGACUGGCACGUUUAAGAGUUGGGUACCGCAGAAUGGCGAGAGUUGUCCUACGGAGCCCAUUUUUAUUCAGAGACCUGGUGCGGUGGAUGAGGAUGAUGGGAUUGUGAUUACGAUUACGAUUAAUAGGGAGGGGACGCAUAGUACUCUUGUGGGGCUUGAUGGAAGGACGUUUGAGGAGGUGGCUAGGGCGGAUAUGCCGCAGGUUUAUUCGCUGGGGCCGCAUGGAUCGUUUGUUGAGGGGGAUUUUGGGGUUGUGAGUACAAUGGGUUGUUAG